GUUUACUUAAUUUUCUUUUUCCAGCCCCAAUCUUUCCAGCUUUCGCAAUUACUUCCACACAAUUGAACCUAUUAAUACAUUCGUGAACUUGAAUGCGAUAAACUCCGAUGUCGGACAAACCUACAUCCCCGCGUCCUUCGCGAGGCGACUCACCACCGCCUCGGAAACGAAGCAGAAGCAAUGACGAUCGAAGCCAAUCUCCACGCCGCGAACGCGACAGACGAGAAAGAGAUAGCUACCGAAGAAACGACAAUUACCGUUCACGCGACAAUGAUAGAAAUCGAGAUUCGAGACGCGACUCAUGGAGAGACCGACGAGACCGUGAUAGAGACGAUUCCGAUCGAGUAGGACGAGGUGGCGAUCGCGAAGAGAGGGACUCGGAUCGAAGGGAUACAGAUAAGAAUGAGGGUAGAGAUCGAGACCGGCCCCGGCCGAAGAAGGGCUUUGGAGGUUUUAAGUACAAGGAUAAGCGACGGGACGAAUUGGAUGAUAGGAAUGACGAUCGUCGCGGUGGCUCGUUCCGUGGAUAUCGAAACCGCUCGCCAUCCCCGCGUCGCCGAGAUAGAGAUCGUGACCGCGAUCGUGCUCGAGAUUCCGGAACCUCUUCGUCUAAGAAGUCCAAGUCUAAGUCCAACACCGAGGAUACAUCUCAACCCCCCGUUCGAGCACCCGCUGCGCCUACAGGCGGUGGUGAGGAGAUGAUUAUUGUCCACGUCAACGACCGCUUAGGCACCAAAGCAGCUAUCCCGUGCUUCGCUUCGGACCGCAUAAAGGAGUUCAAGAUCAUGGUCGCCGCACGUAUCGGACGAGAGCCUCACGAAAUCCUAUUGAAGAGACAAGGGCAACGGCCAUUCAAGGAUAUGCUAUCCCUCGCCGAUUACGAGAUUAGCAACGGAGUCCAGCUGGAUUUGGAGGUCGACACUGGCGAUUAAGUACGAGAUUAAGUCACCUGGGGAUUAUAAGAGUCACAAUGGAAGAUCGAAUACGGCUUAUGUUAUCAUUGCCCUUCCACUCUAUAGAUACCCGUUUUA